CUUUGUUGUGUUUCUUCGAUGAGUAAUCUUUGAAUUCCGUCAUAUUUCCUCCUCACAUCAAUCGUAGAGUUUGUAGUUGAAACAUUAAGCGAAAAUGGAUUGGCUCUUUGGCAAAAAGAUCAGCCCCGAUGAGAUGCUGCGUAAGAACCAGCGCGCCCUGAACAAGGCGAUGCGGGACCUGGAUCGGGAGCGUAUGAAAAUGGAGCAGCAGGAGAAGAAAAUCAUCGCGGACAUCAAGAAAAUGGCCAAGGAGGGCCAAAUGGAUGCGGUGAAGAUCAUGGCCAAGGAUUUGGUGCGCACGCGGCGCUAUGCGAAGAAAUUCAUGCUCAUGAAGGCAAACAUUCAAGCGGUUUCCCUCAAGAUACAAACGCUCAAGUCACAGAACACAAUGGCCCAGGCCAUGAAAGGCGUUACCAAGGCCAUGCAGAACAUGAACCGCCAGUUGAAUCUCCCGCAAAUACAAAAGAUCCUGCAGGACUUUGAAAAGCAAUCGGAAAUGAUGGACAUGAAGGAGGAGAUGAUCAACGAUGCCAUCGACGAUGCCAUGGAGGACGAGGGCGACGAGGAGGAGACCGAUGCUGUCGUUUCACAAGUGCUCGACGAGUUGGGCCUGCAGUUGGGCGAGCAAUUGGGCGACCUGCCCAAUGCCUCUGGUUCGCUGUCCAUAGCCGGCGGUGCUGGCGCACAGAAGACACCAGCUGCUGUGGCUGCCGGCGCUGUGGGUGGCGGCGGCGGUGGUGGUGGUGGCGGCGGAGGCGGUGGCGCGAAUACUGGCGCUGGCGCAGCCGGUGGCAGCGGUGGCACCUCACCCAUGUCCGAUGCUGAUGCCGACCUCCAGGCGCGCCUUGACAAACUGCGAAAGGACUGAGUCCGAGAGAAUCUGCCUGCCUGCCUGCUGUUUUCCAAGCGUAUUUUUAUUAAAGAGAUGCCUCUACCGGUUUCAUCUCGCUUCGUGUAUUUUCCAAGUGCAAAUGUUAUUCAAUUGUGAGUGCUUGAGGUGCUUGUUCUACCCCUACCGCCGCCCGCGUGUUCGGCGGAAAAUCGAUAAGUAAUUGGACAGCGUUCGUUCUUAAAUUACAAUAACAAGCGUAUAUAUAUUUUUUACAGGGGGGGUGGGGAAUAGAGGAUAGCAUUGCUACAUUAAAGAUAAGGCUAAACACACACAUAAAAUAAUUAAACAAUGAGCUGAAGAGAUAACAUUUCACUUGGAUUGGAGGGGGCAUCGCAUCGCAUCGCAUCUAGAAGCCGCUGGACAGGAACGUUCGCUCCACCUCCCUGAAGACCUGAUCGGCAUCGGGACUGGCAUCGAUCUUCUUAACCUGGCCGGCGCCAUCAAAGUACUUGAUAAUGGGCAACGAAUCGUUGUUGUACGUCUGUAUGCGCUUCUUCAGACUCUCCAGAUUAUCGUCAGAGCGUCCAGAGCCGCCCUGUCCACGGGUCAAACAGCGCUUGACACACACCUCCUCGUCGCAGUCGAAGAAGAGAACGAAUUGCAUGUCUACCUUUUCGGACAUCUGACGAUUCCAGCCGUCCAGAUUGUCCUGGUUGCGUGGGAAGCCGUCGAUGAGGAAGAGCGAUUUACCCGAGUUCUUCAUGGCGUUUUCCAGCAGCGAACACGUGACCUCUACGGGCACAAUUUUCCCGUUACGUAUGUAAUCCUCGAUUAGCGUGCCAAACUCUGAACCCUCGCGCGAACGCUCCUCCCUCAGUAGGUCGCCCGCGGACAGGUGCGUGAAGAGGAAACGGUCCACGAUUUUGGAGCAUUGCGUGCCCUUGCCAGCCCCGGGGCCACCUAGAACGAACACAACCUUUGGCUUCGCACUGCUGGUCAUGAUGAUGGGUUCGAGGAGGUUGUGUGUGUUGCGGUAAUACGUUCUGCAGAAAUCGCUCGCGUUCGAAUGUGGCAAAUGCUGCGUCAGCGUUAGUUGUUGUUGUUGCACCACUCCUGGCCCACACUCUAAUGCUCUGGGUAGCAAUCGCGCAAAAGCCCGCCACAUUGACAAAUGAAGCUAAUUGGCUGCGUGGUAUGUGUAUAUAGGGGCGAGAGACACCACCAUCCACCAUUUUCCAGUGGAGAGAGUGCUCAGACGUUUGUCAGCACUGGCUGCGCCCACGUCGCAAUUGGAAUGGCAACAACCCAUUUAAUAUAGUUAAUUAAUUAAUUUAUGGCAAAAUAUACACUGAAACGCAUGGGAAACAUGACAUUUUGCUGUAUUAAAAUGUAUGUUUUUUUUAAAGUCUAUUUUAUCUGUUAAAUCAGCUGCGCUUGGUUGUUCUGUACCAAGUCGGCCACUAGUUGAUAUGGAAUAAUAUGUUGGGAACCGGGCGCCAUGUCGACCUCCUCGUCGUCCACGCCCACAAUCACAGCAGGCACUAAAAUGUAAAGAAACCAUGCAUUAAAUUGGGAUUCCAUUCCA